AUGAUCUCGCUUCUCGCCCUUCUGCAGCUCUUGGCCGUCUCGUCAGCGCUUUAUAUUCGCUCUCCUGGUUACGGUACACCAGGCUGUGGUACCUCACACAGCUCCCUCCUCGGCGCAAACUCUACAUCUUGGACCAUACCUUCCUCUGGUAGUGAACGAAAAUUCCUCGUUCAUGUGCCAUCGACCUACAAUGCCCAUAAACCAACCGGCGUAAUAUUCUCCUACCAUGGCAACUCUCGCAAUGCGCAGUACCAAGAAACACUCUCGCAAUUCUCCGACCCAAGUUUUAAUCCUGACCACAUUGCUAUUUACCCUCAAGGCCUCAACAACUCAUGGCAAGGCCCUUCUUAUGCCGUUGCAGGCGUAAAUGAUUUCCAGUUCACGACAGAUGUGAUCGCACAUCUGAGCGAUAAUUUCUGUAUUGAUAAAUCUCGCAUCUAUGCUUCUGGGAAGUCCAAUGGCGGUGGUUUUGUUGGGACGUUGGCAUGUUCCCCGGAAGGUGGUGCCUUCGCAGCUUUCGCGCCCGUUUCCGGUGCGUUUUACACCGACAACCCAGACACAUAUACACAAUGCAGUCCUACUCGAAACGAGAUUCCCAUUCUAGAAUUCCAUGGUGGAAACGACUCGACAAUCCCUUACACGGGAGGCAAAGGCAAAGGUGGGCUCUUGCCGGACAUCGACCAGUGGCUGGGUUGGUGGGCCGAGAGAGACGGUCUCUCUGACAAGAAGGUCUUGUCCGAAUAUGGGGGUCAGGUCAAGCACACUGUGUAUGGGGCUGGAGAAUAUACUGGGCUUGUCCAAGGAUAUAAGGUCGAAAACCUUGGCCAUGACUGGCCGAGCGCGAAGCCCAAUCUUGACUCUGAUACACCCACUGUGGUUGAGGCGACCGCCGUGAUCAUGGAGUUCUUUAAACAGUGGAAGCUGCGGCCAUAG